GAGUCUGCGCAGUUCCAGCUUCGCUUCCGGAGCCGUUCUGGCCGUGGGACGGGCGGCGGGUCCGUCGCCCGGUGAUGUCACAGACGCGUCAUAGGCUGUUGCCGGAAGUGGGCGCGUGUGGCAGCAGCGCGGGAUCUUUAGGUGUGGAAUCUUAGGCUGACGUCCUGGUGGCAGGUUCUGAGAACUUCUGUUUCCUGCUCCUACUCCGGGCCCCACGACUUAUGAAUCGAUUGCUCUCGGUGCGGCCGCUCUUCCGGGGCCGGCUCCUCCUCGUUACCAACACUUUGACCUGCGGGGCGCUCAUGGCCGGGGGGGAUGGUUUGCGGCAGGCCUGGGAGCGACGGCUGCCUAAGGGUGCCCCCGGGCCGCCCCGGCCCAUCGACCUGUGGCGCACUGGACGUAUGUUUCUGAUAGGCUGUAGCAUGGGCCCCUUCCUCCACUACUGGUACCAGUGGCUGGACAAAAUCUUCCCUGCGAUGGGAUUUAAAGACAUUCAAAUCAUCUUCAAGAAGGUGCUCCUUGACCAGCUUAUCGCAUCUCCUCUCUUGUGUGCAUGGUAUUUCCUGGGCAUGGGGACUUUAGAGGGCCAGAGCCUGGAUAAUACCUGCCAAGAGCUGCGGGAGAAGUUCUGGGAGGUCUACAAGGCUGAUUGGGCUGUGUGGCCAGCAGCUCAGUUGGUGAACUUCCUGUAUGUGCCUGCCCAGUACCGAGUGAUCUAUGUGAACAGCAUAACAUUGGGCUGGGACACCUACCUCUCCUACCAAAAGCACCGGGAGCCUCUCUCUGGCUGUGUGAGCCUGGCCUCCCAAACCGAGAGACUUGGAGAAGCCAAGCACUUGGCAGUGACGUCACAGCAGGUGCCGGCAGGAGCAUCUAGGACUGGACCUGGAGCAAGGCAAUAACCCCCAAAUCUCCAAAGGAACACUGGAGGCCAGAAACCUAAUCAACGAUCGUCAUUUAACUUGUGAUUUACUGCCUCGAGGGAAAAAAGAGGAAGAUGUACGGAGUGGGCCCAUGCCUUGAGUCUUCCAAGCCGGACUGUUUCUCUGGAGAGGAGGAACAGGAACCUCCUGGACCAAGGGCUGGCUGGCAUAGAAGGGCCAUUCUGCACAUCUUUACAAGACCGGCGUCCACCGUGAAAGCAUCAUGAUUAGGCCCUCCCGAGUUACACUGCACCCCAGGAUGUAGAGAUGAAGAGGCUUUGGAUCAAGGGCCAAAGAAAGGACAGAUGGAUCGAUAGCCUUGUGCUUCCUUGGCCAGACCAGACCAGAAAGUGAAAAUCAUGGCAGCCCUUGGGUGGCUCUGGGCCAGGGCCAAGGCCAGAGGGCAGGGCCAGACCUGGGAAGUGCAACUGUUGCCUUCCCCCUGGGGGAGCCUGAGCUGUUUGCUUCCCUUAUCUUAGCAGCAGGUAGGAGGCUUGCUCUAGAGUGGAAGAUGUCUUGGGCUAAUAAAGAUUCUAACCCAGA